GUGCAAUUGAUUAAUGGAAAAUUUGUGGCAUUUUUGGUGACAGCUGUGCCAGUUGAUUCAAGUCAAACAAAGAUGACGACGAUGAUCUGAUCCGAUCUGAUUAUGCGUAUAGCCCAGAAGUGUGGCCGAAACAAACAACCGAUAUCCCGUUUCCACAUUGUCGUUGCGAUAAGUGCUCGGCAUUCAACAGCAGCCACACAGCAUCCGGCUUUAUCAGUUAGUCGCCAACGGGCCAAGUUAACAGUCGCAGUUAACGGACAAGUGAAGAAUCGUGCCACAAUGUCCACACUCGAGAACGAGGUAACUUUCCGCAAGCAAGCGGAAGUGAAUCAGAAUCUAGAGGCGCAAUUUCGCAGCUCCUCGACGGACUUUAUAUUGCUCACUGAUCAUCGCACCUCCAAGUACAAAAGCCUUGAGCAACUCGAAGCAGCCAAGCAGGAAAAUGAGCCAGCUCCUUCGUGUUGUGCCAACUACCUGAGGAAUACAUUUCGGAUGAAGACGCUGAAGAAGCGAUUGCCCAUCAUCGGCUGGCUGCCCAAGUACAACAAAGCGGAUGCCUUUGGCGAUAUUAUUGCUGGCUUCACGGUUGGUCUCACAGUGAUUCCUCAGGGCUUGGCCUACUCCGGUGUCGUAGGACUGCCGGCAGAGUCAGGACUCUAUGGCUCCUUUUUGGGAUGUUUUGUGUACGUUUUGCUGGGCACUUGCAAGGAUAAUACGAUAGGCAGCACAGCUGUAGCCUCCUUGAUGACAUUUCAGUUUGCUCGCGGUUCCUGGGCACGUUCGGUUCUGCUCACUUUCCUCACCGGGUUGAUUGAGAUACUCAUGGCAAUCUUUAAAUUGGGCAGUCUGGUGGAGUUUGUGUCAGGUCCUGUGAGUGCAGGAUUCACCAGCGCCGUUUCCCUGAUUGUGCUCACCUCCCAGAUGAAAUACAUACUCGGUGUGAAUGGUGAUGGUGCUUCGUUCCUGGAGAGCUGGAUUAACAUGAUCAGCGACAUCAAGAACAUACGCAUUUGGGACAGUUGUUUGGGUUUCGGCUGCCUAGCGCUGCUGCUUCUUAUACGCAGUUUGAGCAGGUUCCGAGUGGGACCCAAGGAGAAAUCGCAACGCAGCCAGCUGCAGCGUGUGAUCAACGAGGUGAUCAAGUUUCUGGGCGUUACACGGAAUGCAUCGGUUGUGAUUGGUGCCACUUUGAUAGCCAUGUAUCUGGAAGGUAAUGGCAGCAAUCCUUUUGUGCUCACCGGCUACAUUCCACCGGGACUACCGACGAUAUCGCUGCCGAAAUUCUCCAUCGAGGCGCAGCCGGGCAAUGCGACUGCCGGAAUUCCUGCAGUGCCUGGCGAAAGCUUCUUCGAGAUGGUGCACACUUUGGGCUACGGUUUAAUUAUUGUGCCGAUUAUAGCGUUGCUCGAAAAUGUUUCCGUAUGCAAGGCUUUCGCCAAGGAUCGUCAGAUCGAUAUUAGCCAGGAGUUGUUUGCCACAGGCGUGGCAAACAUUGCCAACUCCAUGGUCAGUGGAUAUCGCAGCAACGGCGGCUUAGCUCGCUCUGCUGUCAAUAAUGCCAGCGGAUGUCGCACCAAUAUGUCCAAUUUAUAUAUUGGCAUGAUUGUGGUGAUGUCAAUCAGCUACCUCACCGAAUACUUUUACUUCAUUCCGAAAGCUGUGCUAGCUUCCAUCAUCAUUUCCGCUGUUGUUUUCCAGAUGCAAUAUCAAUGUAUUAUGCCCAUGUGGCGCAGCAAACGCUCCGAUCUUGUGCCUGGCGUGUUUGCUUUCAUCACCUGUCUGGUGCUUCCUUUGGAAAUUGGCAUCACAGUGGCCAUUGGCGCUAAUCAACUCUACAUACUUUAUCAUUCUGCAAGACCCAAAGUUACACUUGAGCAGCUGGAAACGGAUCAGGGCAUUAAGUUUGUAAAGAUUACACCCGAUCGAUGCUUAAUAUUUCCCUCGGUGGAGUUUGUGAGGAACAUGGUGCUCAAGUCUGGCAGCAAGACAACGCUGCCUGUGGUCAUCGAUUGCACUUAUAUUUAUGCUGCUGAUUUUACCGCUGCCAAAGUCAUCUCCUCCAUGGUGGAUGACUUCCGGCGGCGCCAGCAGAAGAUUAUAUUCUUCAACCUCAAACCGAGUGUGGUCAGCAUCUUUGAAGGACUCAAGACCAAGCUGGUGUUGUGCUAUAACAUGCAUGCCCUCAACCAGGAACUUCUGCCGAAUUCCGCAGAGAAUCUUUCGCGUUCAGUGGACUCGCUGGACAUUGAAGGCGGCACAAAUGAGUGUGUGAGCAUGACCAGCACUAGCACCUUAUCACUGGCCAAAUAA